AUUCUGAUUGGAUUUUCCUCCACGUCGGUGCACCGGUUAUUCAUUGUCAUCGUUGUUCUGACAUCUACUUCCAGAUGAAUGUCUACUAGCUUGUUGGCAUACCUUGUUGAUGCCAACCUUGGUCGCUCGUGUACAGCAGUGGCUACAAACGGCUCGUUCCAGGGAUCCCUGGCUUUUGUUUCGGUGAUCACCCCCAUACCGCUUCAAAAUACUUUAGGAAAUGGGGGGUUGUAUACUGUGCGGUCUGGCAUUCUGAUUGUGAUGGAGUACAUUGGUUAUAUUGGUACUGCGCGCAAGGGAGAAUCAUGGCACAAGGAAGGUGAGGAGCGUGAGCUAAAAUGCUAAGUGAACGAAUCUC